AUGGAUCGCAGUCGCAGUCGCAGCCGUAGCCGCAGCCGCUCUCCACUGAUGGAACCUAAGCGGUCCCGGUCCGCUUCCAGGGAGAGAGAACAAGGGAACCAAGAAAGUUCUCAGCCCCAGGAGAAAGAUGAGAAAAGGAGCCAGUCCCAGGAGAAAGAUGAGAAAAGGAGCCAGUCCCAGGAGAAAGAUGAGAAAAGGAGCCAAUCCCAGGAGAAAGAUGAGAAAAGGAGCCAGUCCCAGGAAAAAGACCAGAAAAGGAGCCGCUCGCAAUCCCCACACAGAAAACGCUCCAAAUCCCCAAGACGACACAGAUCCACAUCUCCUUCCCCUUCUCAAACGAAAGGAAGAAAAGAUGAGGAACCAAAGGAAACAAAGAGUGAAGAACAACAGAUUACUGCAGAGGAAGACUCAGAGGGCAAAACAGAGGAAGAAAUAGAAAUGAUGAAGGUAAUGGGAUUGGCUGCCUUUGACUCCACUAAAGGAAAAAGAUUGGAUGGCAAUGUAAAUGCCUAUGCAAUAAAUGUGUCUCAGAAGAGGAAGUACAGAGAGAGCGAAAGGGAGAGGGGGAGAGACCGAGACCGAGACCGAGAAACAUCGAGGCGGGAGAGACACAUGGAUCGGCCACCUCCCUCACGCACCUCAACUGGGGACCGAACCCGCUCCGACAGAGAAUCAAGCCGGCGACACUAUGGGUCACGGGAGUACACUAAACCAUCUGAGCCACACCGGCCAGGGCUCAAAUUAUAGAUUUUAAAUAGAUUUCUCCUGGAUUUCUCGCCUAGAUUGAUGAUGCAGUACAUGAAUCGAAACAGACCUUUGGAUUUCAUUGCAUGAGAAUUGAACUGUUGAAGAAUGAUUUUUUCCCCCCUCAUCUUGAUCAGAAGAGUGGAUUUUGUAUUUUGUGUUUCAUAUGCAUC